CAGUCGCUUGUUCACAAAAAUAUUUUUCUCGUGUUUUCUCAUUAAAAAAUAAUGAAUCCAGAAAAUUAUUUCAAAUUGCUUCGUGCAAACAUUCCUGGAUUUGCUAACACUGACCUUCAAGACGUGCAUAAGCAAUUUAACACGCAAAAGGACGGCGCUUCCAAAAUACGAUUUUGUCUUAAUCAGUGCAAAGGAAAGGAUGUUUUUCUACCAGCAUCGGAGGUUUUGCACUCUAAAAGCGAUGCAGCUUCAACAUACGCCCGUAAUAAAGGAAACGAAUUUUUCAAAGCAAUGGAUUUCGUAUCAGCUAUGGAUUGGUAUAAUCGCAGCAUUUGCUUUGCUCCAGCUGACUCGGAGAAUGUGGGAAUGGGAUACGCCAACCGGUCUGCUAUUUUCCUUAGAUCCGGAUUCUACAAGUUUUGUUUGGAAAAUAUAGAACUUGCAUUGGACAACAAAUAUCCGACACACUUGCAUGAAAAGUUGGAAAAUCGUCGGAAGGAAUGUUUAGAACGCAUGAAAAAAUCUGAAGACAUGCUAGAAAAGUUUGAUUCUGAAUACAAUCCACCAAGUUUGUCGUAUAAACCGAAGAAAAAUAUUCCAUUUAUGAUUGACGAUCUCGAAUUUGAAGAAUCACCAGAAUUCGGUCACUUAAUUCGCACUAAACGUGAUUUGAAACCUGGUGACAUUUUGAUCAUUGAAAAGCCAUUUUUCAAGCAUGUCGUAAACGAUUUAGAAUUUAAACGAUGUGCAAAUUGCCUCAAACAGAACUACAUGAAUCUUUUUCCGUGUAGCCGGUGUACUAGAGCGAUGUUUUGUUCGAAAAAUUGUCAAAGUGAAGCUGACAAACGUUUUCACCAGUACGAAUGCAAGAUAAUUGACGGUAUUUUCUUCUUGAAUGAGCUGCAUUUAGGAACCCCAGUUGCAACGCCUAUCCGCAUUGCUUUGAAAGCCAUCACGUUGUUCGACAACCCACAAAAUUUACAAACAUUGAUUGAGCAAAGUGUGGACAAAAGUGAAUUAUUCCUUCUGGAUUUUAAUAACCUUACUGAAGAACUUCAAUUUCGAACAACUUAUGCACUUGCGACAAACGAAUCAAAAAGACGAAUAUUUGAAAUAUUCGAUUUUGCAGUAGAAUGUGCGAUUUUGUGGCAUUUACUUAAUCAAUUCACAGAUUUGCCUCUCCUAUUGAAAACCAAAGACUGCGAAGACCUCUUCCUCAACGUUUUAUACCACUUUUAUCUAAGUUCGAUCAUUAAUGGCCAAGCUCUGGGACAUGUAAUUGAUGGCGAGGAAUAUGGUGUUGCUGUUUUUCCAUUUUCUAGCAUUGUAAAUCAUUCAUGUAUUCCGAAUGUGGCGAAAAUUUUUGAUAACGACACGAUUAUCAUGUACGCACGACGUCCUAUCAAAGCAGGCGAUCAGCUUUUUGAUUCAUACGGCCAGCAUCUGCAUCAUGGACAUGCAAAAUUAGUAGAUCGCCAACGAAAACUUUUGAAUCAGUUUCAUAUUGAAUGUCAUUGUAGAGCUUGCCGUUUUGAUCUUCCAAUGUUGACGGAAAUGCUACCGGCAAGAGAUAAACAAUUUCUACAACAUAGUAUCCAGGACCUGAAAAGACUUAUGAAGUUUGAGAGUAAGGACGUUGCAAAGCAGAAUAUGAAGAAAUACAGACAAUGUAUUAUUGAUUACGAUAAGCGGUCUCCGUCUACAGAGCUUUACUGUUCAGAAGAUGUUUACAAUUACGCACUGUGGAAUUUGACAUUCGGAAGGCCUUUAUCUAUGCAGUUGAAACCUAUUUGAUUUGACACUAUGAACUAUUUAAAAUAAAGAACAUCUUUCUUUCAAGAAAAAAACUAACAAAAGUUUUUUUAAAUUUAGCUGAAUAAAUUUGUGUCAUUUAAUUUUGUAAAUUAUAAAAAGGACAUCAUCUCAAAAGAAACACUUCACCCAAUAAACCAUCAGUAAAUAAGAUUGAUUUCUUCCAGGAAAAAAAACGAGACAUCAAUUUGGACUGAUCUGGUCAUGAAAAUAUUAAAAAAAUUAAUAAAUGAAAAUUAUCACACAUUUAACGAGAGAUUUUGCGUUGAUGAUGUGAUGUGUG